UUGAACCCUUGGAAACUUUUCCUGCUUGGGGAAGGAGUUUAACGCUCGUUCGGUGCCUGGAGGGGAGCUCCUGGACUUCGGGCAGGUUCCGAGCUCUUUCCCGCUCGAGCCAGCUUGCGAGAUGAGCGUAGCCGUGGAGGAAGCCGUCCUGCCGUCCAUUUCCACCUUUGCCGGCUUAGUGCCGGGGGAAGGGAGACAGCCCGAAAUGAUGCAGAGGCCGAGAGCUGCUCACGUGGAGGGCAUCAAAAGGGAAGCCGACGAGCUGGGCCAUUUUGUGGACUUGGAGUUCAUCUUGGCCCACACCACCAACGGGCAACCCAGCAGCGUGGCAGCUCCCCAUCCUAACUACCCGUUGCCCGAGACCCCCGAGAGCUGCGGCACCACCUACGACAGCGACGGCUCCAACUACCAGCCGCCCAGCAAGUUCCCGGCGCCCUACGCGCCUAGCCCGGGCCACAGCUACAUGGCAGAGCUCUUCACGCCGGACAUGCAACAGCAAGCGCCGGGCCCGAGCCACUGCGACCUCCCGCCGCGGGAGUACACUGAGCUGCGAGCCCCGAGCGUGGCCCACCUUCACGCCGCCGGUCCGUCACGGGCCCUGUCCCUGGAGCAUCUGCGCGUCAAGCAAGAGCCGCGGGACGGCCAUGCCUGCAUGCUGCGCGGGCCCCCCGAGUGCCUGGGGCCCGGGCCCAGCUCUCUGGAGCACAAACCCCCGCCCAUGCCGCCCCUGCUCCCACAGCAACAGCAGGCGGCGCCUCUCCCGCCUCACGCGCCCCCAGCGUUUCCGGCCGAGCAGAUGGGCCCGGGGGUCGGCGACGUCAUGCAGCCGCACAUGGGGGGCCCGCAGUCCUUUGCGCGGCCCCCCCACCCCUUCCCGCCUCACUUCAACGGGCAGAUGCAGCCCCAGUUCCAUGGACACUUCAGCGUCUUCAGGGAGCCCUUGAGCACGCACCACCAGGGCCUGCACGGGCUGCUGGUCACGCCACCCAACUCGCCAGUCUUGGAUUACUUUGCCCCGGUGGUUUCCGAGGGCGGCAAGGCCAAGAGGGGCCGGAGGUCCUGGGCUCGGAAGCGCACCGCCACCCACAACUGCGAGUACCCGGGCUGCGGCAAGACUUACACCAAGAGCUCGCACCUCAAGGCGCACAUGCGGACUCACACCGGUGAGAAGCCCUAUCACUGUAACUGGGAAGGCUGUGGCUGGAAAUUUGCAAGAUCUGAUGAACUAACACGCCAUUACCGGAAACACACCGGACACCGGCCCUUCCAGUGUCAUCUCUGUGAGCGUGCCUUCUCCCGGUCGGAUCACUUGGCUCUGCACAUGAAGAGGCAUAUGUGAAGCAUGGCUGGUUACUGGGAAGGGAUAUGGUAGGGUUGGAGAGAGGGGGGGGGUUGCAAAGAGACUGAGAACUCUAUUUAUGAAGGGAGAAAUAUUUUCUUAUUGGAGUAGCCGAUUUAUGUAUAUAUUAGUACAGCAUUUAAUAUUUAAAGAAGAAACUCCACACGGCUUUUCCAUAGCAAUAUGGGAAAGUUUACGUAUUUAAGAGUGAAUAGUUACACAAAUCUGGCUGCAGCAGGGCUCAAGGGUAUAUGGAAACAUUGCACUGAAGACUUUGUGUGCGGGCAGUAUGAUAAUGACAUUAUCUCUGCCCCUCCCUUCCAAAUCUUCAGUGGCCAUACAGCCACAGUGUAUACAUGGUGUUAACUGUCUCGCUGUUUGUAAGAUUUUAACUUUUGUAUUUUUACUCUAUAGUGAUCUUGUAAUGUAAAAAGACUUUGACUUAACUACCUUUAAACUAGACAUCCUUGAUGGGAUGAGGACUGAUGAAAUUUGGUGAAAAUACACACAGACAAAGUGGGCUUUGGCCCACGAAGGCUCAUGCCUCUACAUUUGUCUGUCUUGAAGAUACAGCAGUAUUUUUAAGGAGGCUUAACACUGCUACCCCCUCUGAGAAUAGUUUCUUUUAGCCUUUAAAAAGAUAAGACCCAAAACAAAAAGGGUUUCAUGACUUGUACUAAGCAUCACACUUGAAAUGAAUUAUGUGCAUUUAAACUCUGGUUUCUACAUCCCCUUUAACAAAUACUGGGAAUGGAGACUCAAAGACAAAUAUUUGAGGUUACUUAACCUUUUAAUUAUGACAUGACAUUUGAUAUGUGUUUUAUACAAUUAUUAGUUGAUUACUACUGCUCGGUUCCCGUUUUUCCAAAAUAUUGCUGAUGACUUGAAGAUUGAGUUUGGAACAGUAUCACAGAAUGGGCCAUCUGUAGAAUAGUAUGUAUAAGCAAAACACAAAUAGAGAUGAACUUCUAUCUGUGGGCUGUAGAAGUCGAAGGAUCUCUUGGCUCUCCUUACAGCUCAAUCCUAAGCAUAUUUACUUAGGCACAAGAUUCGUUGAUUUUAAUGGGAUUUAAUCAAAAGUAAGUGCGCAUAGGGUUGCAGUUGUAAAAGUGUUUGUUUUUUCUUUCCUGCUCAGGGAUGUUGCCAAACCAGGACUAACAAAUUCCUUAGUACCCUGUGAUUGAUUGAUUCUGUAAGACUUCUGUAUUGCCAUAUUUGCAGGGAAAGCCUUGAAAGUUGCUUUAUGGAAGUAAAAUAGAAACCAGUUGAUGGGAUGUUAGUUAACUGAAUUCAUGUACAGUGUAAUCCUAUGUGUAAUUAUUAGGAAGACACUGGCACUGAAUUCAGAAGGACCUAUUCCCAAGUAAGUGUCAAAUAUUGCAGCUGUAUCUGAUUGAAUGUUUUAUUUUAAUCAGGACUCCUUUUGCUUAAUUGCAAUACCUCAAGAUGCUAUUUAAUAUACACAUUUUUUUUUAAAAAAACUAUUAUUGUUUAGGGCAAAGAGACCUGUCUUAUCAAAAUCUGAGAAGCAGGUAAUCUCAAAGAUCCUCCCAAAUUCAAGAAUAUAAAUGGUGAUUUUUUUAAAAAAAAGAUAGCUGUAGUGGGUUCUCUUCUUGCAGUCAGUUGAUGUUGUCUGAGCUCUUACUUACAUGCUCCAGAAGUCUCCAGAUGCAGUCUUUCCACAAACUUAGUGACUUGGUUGAUGAACUGCCUUUUUUUUAAUCUAAUGAAAAGUAUAGAUGAUCAGUUGCAUCGAUUAAAGCUAUAUUUUAGGACCUGACAACUGAAAGGAGGGCUAGGAAUCCAUUCCAGUCUCCCAUGGCAAUGAGUUAUAUAGAUUAAUUUGCGAGUCUUUCUGUGGUUUUAGUGUCUUCUCCAAAAAUGGUCACUAAGCCAGGUACUGCUGCAGCUGCAAUUUUUUCUAGGCAGCUUUUGAAUUUUAUUUUUAUAAAGGGCAUUUUUGUCCAUUUCUGCUAUACUUGAAACUUACUUUCUGAAGAGAAAAGGACGCUCAAUAUGUAGCUUAUGCAAAGCAAGUUGUAAUUCCUUAUUUUUAAAACAAAUUCUGUAAUGUGUUAACAAAUUUCUGUUAUAGCUUGGGUCUCUUAGCAAAUGACCUCAGCUUUGGUAUGUGCACUGCACCUGUCUAUGUAUAUUGUUAAUUAACAUUUCUUUGCUUGGGCCCAUAAGAUAUCUCCCAUGAGAAAUGUUAGUUCUCUAUAUGCAUACCUUUGAGUUGUUGUUGAUCAAAUGUAAAAUAAAUAAAAUAAAGGAAAA